AUGAGCGGCAUGCUAACCUGGUACUCGGGGAAAGAUCUGCUCAACCCGGCAUGCGGUGGCCCAGAUCCAACUGAUUCAUCGCUGGUAGGCGCUGUGUCCGCCUCCUCUUCCAAGGUUGGCUCUUGCGGCGACCGCGUGCGCGUGACAAAGGACGGCAACAGCGUCGUCGUCACGAUUCGCGACUGGUGCGCGAGCUGCGGUCCGAACCACAUGGACGUGACCAAGGGCGUGUUCUCACAGAUUGCGCCGCUAACAGUUGGCGUGCUGCAAGGCGUCACAAUGGUGAAAGUGGCCGACGACGACGAUGGCUCUUAG